CUGGGAGAUGGCCUGCUAUCCAAUCUAAAUGCAGAUUGUCACGUGCAGGGCUGCAGGCUCCUCCCCGUGAACUUUGGAAAGUGUGUCCUCCUUCAUCGUUCUGUUUUCUGAACACUCUGAUAUUCCCUCCACAUCUGAGCCAGACAGAACAUCAUAGAAAUAUGUUUGAAGUCUGGAUCUUAUUGUUUCUUCCCCUGUUAGGGGCCCGGGGCUUCAUGGUUCACAACAUGCAGCACAGCCUGUGUCUAGAGGAGGCCAGGGCCACGGGGGAGGUGCUGCUGAAGAACUGCAACCUGGACUCAGAGUCUCAGCAGUGGACCUGGAUGGAUCAGGGCCUGCUGAUGAGUGUCGCAUCGUUCAGAUGUCUGUCAGCCCUGCAGAGGGAGCCCGUCCACACGGGGCUCUGCUGGGGGCCAGAGGUGGAUGUGAGGGGGUUAAUGUGGGACUGUGACAGGGGCAGACUGAUUAGCAGGAACACCUCCAUGCUGCUUUCAGUGGAUGGCUGGCGUCUCACUCUGGCACAUGACAGCAAACACUCAAGGUGGAAGUCUCUGGAUGAGGGGGACAUCUGCCACGAGAAUCUCAGAUCCAAGAGGGCGUCUAAACAUCCAGAAGAGUUUGAGUUAACAGCAGAGGCACAGACCGACGACAUGACGGAGGAACAGAGAGAAUACUUGCGCUGGUUCUAUCGCACAGAGGACCCAACCAUAUGGAAGUUUGUGCUGCUGGGACUGGCAUUCGUCUGCCUUCUUGUUGGUUUUCUGCUGCUGGGAAUGGGGGCCAUGGCCAACAAGAGCCGUAGGAAGAUUGCGAAGUACAAGGUAGCAGCUGCUGUUGCUCAGAGAAGCGAGGAGCUGGAGAUCAUCGUCCCGCUCAGAGAAGACCAGCCCGCCCCCCCCAAUGGGGAGGUGAGCGAGCUCAAAGCAGGACACAUCAUGGUCACAUGGAAAGAUGGGAACAUCUCCUCUUUGUACUCUGAUCCUGUAGCAGAGCAGGAGAAACAGGAAGAUCAGGAGGAGAAACAGGAAGAGGAUCAGGAGGAGAAACAUGAAGAGAAUCAGGAGAAGAAACAGGAAGAGAAUCAAGAGGAGAAACAGGAAGAGAAUCAGGAGGAGAAACAGGAAGAGGAUCAGGAGGAGAAACAGGAAGAGGGUCAGGGGGCAAAACAGGAGGUGUCGGCUGAGGAGGCAGUGAGGACAAUAGAGUAAAAGUUAAUAUUCCGGUCAGGUGUGGAGAGUCUCAGCCAGGGACGGAGAUAGAUACCAUGCUGCUCGGUGUCUAUAAAGACAGCUUUCCUCAUGCUGUAAUAGACGGUUAAUACUAUGAUAAUAUAAUCUUUUAUAUAUCAUUUUCUAUACAUCAUAUAUUAUAUGUUUCCCCCUAAUAAAACUCAGAAAGCAGAG